CGUCUCUGGAUUGUAAAGUGGCACGAAUAAUAUACUAGUCGCAGGUCUCCUUCCUAUUUCCACGACGAUGUAGCAGAAGGCGCGAUGCGGCUGGCUUUACGAUGGCUGGCUUCAAUUGCCAUUUUUUGUCUGAUCUUGUACCACGUUAGUCCUCGAACUGCCAUCGAUCUGGACGACAUACCAAUCUCUCCGGUCGACAAGUCCGCAGCCCCAGACCCAGCCCCCGAUGCCAAACCUCUGCUCGAAGAGGAGCGACCGAGAGGAAGUCCUAGGCCCAGUGACAUCGGCGCGUUCUGGAAGAAAUGGAGCCAGGCAAUGUACGAUGCGCGACCUAGGGUGUUUGCCAUUUCCAUCAAAGGCCAGGCGACGACACUGCCGCCCAACACGGACGGACCCCGCAAACCAUAUCGCGAUCUGGUCCGCAAUCCCGAAGCCGACCUUGAACUGAUGCGUAAAGCGCACGCUAAGUUUGUUGAAGAGCUGGAAAACAUACGCGCCGACGAGGGUAUUUUCAAAGGCCGGGGUGUCGUCAUGGUGGGCGGGGGGGAGUACUUUGGGCCGGCCAUCAUCUCGAUCCACAUGCUGAGACGAACAGGCAGCACACUGCCGGUCGAGGUUUUUGUUCCCAAUGAUGAGGAGUACGAGGUGGACGUUUGCGAGGGGUACCUGCCCAAACUCAACGCCAAGUGCGUGGUGCUCGCGCAUGUCCUGUCGCAAAGCGAUGCAGAGCUGGGUAUCUCGCAUUACCAGCUAAAGGCACCUUCUCUGCUGUUUUCGUCAUUCGAGGAGGUCCUGCUGCUGGACAGCGACAGCAUUCCUGUUGUCGACCCGGACGAGGCUGUGUUUUCUCAGGAACCGUACCUGUCCGACGGGCUGAUUGUGUGGCCCGACUAUUGGGCGGCGACAGAAUCGCCGCAAUUCUGGACUAUUGCUGGAUUUCCUGACUUCCCUAGUGGUCUACCUGCGACAUCGAGCGAAACGGGCCAGCUGGUCGUGAAUAAGAAAACGCACCUGGCGCCUCUGCUUUUGGCGACGUAUUACAAUGUCUUUGGUAAGGAACACUACUACCCACUUCUCAGCCAGGGCGCCCUGGGUCAGGGUGACAAAGAAACGUUUAUGGCGGCAGCCGUCGUCCUCAACACGACGUACUAUAGGGUCAAGACAUCGGUCGCGUCGCUGGGCAGACACGACGGCUUCAAGCAGAAGGCCACAGCCAUGGUGCAGCAUCUGCCGUACGAUGACCAGGCCGGGGGGCCGGACAAGAAGGUGACGGUCCGUCCGGCCUUCUUGCACUCCAACACGCCCAAGAUGAACGCUGGCCAUUUGGUCGACGAGGGCGAUCUGCUUGGGGUCGACGGAAGCACAAGGCUUCGUUUACUGGGGUCUAAGGCGGAACAGGAGAAGCACUUUGGCUUUGACGUGGAGAGCAGCAUCUGGGAUCUGCUCAUCCAGACGGGGUGCGAGCUGGCCGAUAUCAUCAAGGAGUGGAAGCACAGAGACCGGUUAUGUGAGAGAUUGGAAGAGCACCACGAUCAGCUGUUUGGAGAGCAUCGGUCAGGUAUGGGUCAGGUAUGGGAGCAAAAGCGAGCCAAUCUGAGGACGCAAUAGAAUAGCACAACUACUUUCCCAGUAAGAAUAACUACGGU